AUGGCAGGAAUUACUGAAGAUAAAGUAGAAUUAAUUCUAAAUGAUUUAUCUUUAUAUAAAUUAUAUGAUGUAUUAAAUAGAGAAGCAAUUGAAGACAAAGAUAUUCGUUAUUGCAAGGAUAUGCCAAGAAAUUUUAAAGGAUAUAAGGAUAUUUAUGAGUUGUGUAAAAUGUUUGAAAAAAAUUUAAGGGAAUUACCCAAAAUUAUGAGUGCAGAAACAGAUUAUAAUGAACAAUGCAGAUAUUUAAUAUUUUGGUUAAAUGAUCAAAUGAGAAAAAAGUUUAAUUUAUAUAUGAUUCCUACCAUCAAUAAAAAUGAGAUUAUGCAAGAAUUUUUUUCUUUAUCAAGUAUGAUUAAUGCUAAUUUGGUAAAUAAGUGUAGAUAUACAUAUAAUACUGACAUUGAUCUUGAAUUAUGGAAAAAUUGGAAAGAUUUAUAUGAUUAUAUUAGAAAUAAAAAUAAUAUUGCAGGAAAAAUUGAAUCCGAUAUGAGAUUAUGCAAAACAUAUAAGGAGUACUAUACUCAUAUAGAGAGUAUAUAUGAAAAAUAUAAAGAGGAAUGCUGUGGAGAAAAUUAUGGUAAUUGUCCUUAUCAUCUAAAUUUUAAAGAAUGGUGUAAUAAGGAAGAUAUAUUAACUGAAUUAAAAUGUGUUCAACCUGCCGAACUUAGUGAAUUUCCAGGAGUCGAUGAAAAGGUUAUUACAGCAAAACCAGCAGCAGAAGAUAAUGAAGAACUGCCUAAUGCAGUUAUAUUCAACUCUACAGGAACUGUUAUAGGUACUUCUUUAGGAAUUGUUCUACCUCUAAUAAUGAUAUAUAGGUUUACUCCCCUGGGAUCAUGGAUAAAUACUAAAAUAUUCAGAAAAAAUAAAUUAAUGGAAAAUAUGAUAAGAAACGAACGAGAAUUACUAAUAAAUAAUUCUGGAAUUGGUGAAAUGAAUUUCGAUAAUUCGCGGUACCACUUAGUGUAUAAUUCUGCCCAUAAUGAAUAA